ACCAGCGACCACAGCCUCCACUCUAGCACCAACAGCGAUCAGCCUCCACUUGAGAGGACACACAGACCAUGGAAGAAGAUUAUUGUUGUUGUGGAGGGAAUAUACAGUAUAGAAGGGGCACUGUGCAAACUUCCAGAGAUCGUUGCCAUAUGCAAGAAAUACAAG